UCGCCUCAUGUGAUUGUAUAUUCCACACUCGGCAUGAAAGUGCUUUUUUCAGCGGUUCUAUUGGUAUUGCCAGCGCUACUUGGCAAAAGCGGUGCCUUUCCAGCGCUGCAGGAGGAGAAUUCCCUUGAUCUUUCGUUGAACUACAACACAGCAAACAAUGAUGAGACGUCAAGCCUUCUCCGCAACAAGAGAGCAACUAACAAGAACAAAUUGCAUUUACCCUCAUUUCGGCCCCUCAGCUGGCCAUCAUGGGCGGGCGGCUCAGGAGGAUGGGGUACUGGAAGUUGGGGUACGGGAGGAUGGGGUACCGGGAUUUUUGGUGGAUGGGGCGGCAGUGGCUCUCAAUCCUUGCCUAGACCAGUUCACCACCACAACCACUUCCACUUUGGCCAAAAUGGUCUGAACGGAAAUAACGGGGUGAACGGUGGUAACGGGGUUAAUGGAUACAACGGAAACAAUGGUAAUAACGGAAACAAUGGGAACAACGGAGGUAACGGAAACAACGGCAACAACGGAAAUAACGGCAGCAACGGAAACAAUGGAAACAACGGAAAUAACGGAAGUAAUGGCAAUAAUGGAAACAAUGGAAAUAACGGCAACAACGGCAACAACGGAAAUAAUGGAAAUAACGGAAAUAAUGGAAAUGCUGGAAAUAAUGGCAACAAUGGAAAUAAUGGUAAUAAUGGAAACAAUGGAAAUAAUGGCAACAAUGGUAACAACGGGAACAAUGGAAAUAACGGAAACAGCGGAAACAACGGAAAUAAUGGCAACAAUGGAAAUAAUGGAAACAACGGAAAUAAUGGAAAUAAUGGAAACAACGGAAAUAACGGCAGUAAUGGCAACAACGGAAACAAUGGAAAUAACGGUAACAAUGGAAACAACGGUAACAAUGGAAAUAACGUCUACAGCGGAUACAGCGGUGGGUAUUUUUGUGGAUACGACUGCGGAAAGAAAGGUGCGACCCAGAACAAGGUGAAGACUGGAGCUAACCAAGCGCGACGUCAGGGUAGUAUUAGCAGCAGCAGCAGCAAGUCUGGGCAAGGCUGGUUAUCCUCGCGACUUAUAGGAUGGGUGCAACCCUCAAGCGCCAAGCCCAGCAGCAACAAUGUCGUAAAGAAGACAGCAGCAACCCCGCGCGCCAAGCAGCCAAGUGCAGCUCGACGACCCCAAGUGACGAGCCAACCCAAGACCAGUCCUAGCGGCAGGUCUCAACAAUCGAGACAGUCGUGGACCAGGUGGAUCUUUUAA